CAAUUUCCCGCUUUUCCUGUAUAUGCGUCCUUGUCUGUCGCGGAACACUGUAAGGGCUGAUUCCGAUGCCUCAGUUUACGUCGCGUUGUCGCGGCGGGCGGACGUGUGUGGGGAGGCGAUUUUGUCCCUCCGUAUUCCUCUCGCGAAGUAUUUGCAUAGUGAAGUGCGUAAGUUUCUAAACUAAAGAGAUAUUCCAAACUUGGUAUUUUUGUUUGUUCGAAUAAUUUGUUCGCUGUUCUGACUGUGUUGUGUUGUUUAUCGAUGUAGGAUUAUUUAUUAUUAUUGUGUUUUUGAAUUCAGUGAUGUGAAGUGACUGGGUUGACUAUAAGUAUGUUUAUUUAAUGGGACAAAAGACCUACAGAUGGAUUUUAUACACUGGGACCCUGACCUGAUGCUUUAAACCUUCAACGAUGGAGAGACGCGAGGAGAUCCACCGCCAUGGCUGCAGCAUUGCCAAGCAGACCAUCCUGACCACGCAUCCCAGUGGCUUGCAGACCAGGGUGUCAGUGGAACUUGCCAACUUCGAUGCUCUUUGCCUCCACGCAGAAUGCAAAGGCACUCCCAAAAGACCUUGGGAAGGCAGCCCCUUUACUGCUCGACGUGGUCUUCUCGGCGGAGUGUCAGCUCAUGCCACACCAGUUUUGGGCAGAAGAAGUGACCUGGUCAAUGAGGGCAGGUUGUCCCAACAAUGUACUCCUGUGAUGAGGAGACGGGAGGUCCUGGACAGUCCAGGGGGUUCUCCCCUGCUGUCCAGGAGGUCGGAGGUGGAGGAGGAAGAUUGCACCGAUGUGGAUAACAGUGUCAUCAGCGGCUGGUUGAAGUUUCGAGACAACAAAAGGUGGAAAUCGCGGUGGGGCGUGGUGACGAAAUUAUCUCCUGCUGCAGGUAAGCUUAGCACCUUUAAAUUAAUUUAUUUUAUCUAG